AUGGAUAACUCGAUAGUGAACUUCACUACACCUCAAGCAUCCACAAACUCCACAUCUCCUUCAUCUGGGCCAACAACACUUGAAGACGGAUUAAAAAUGUUUAUCUGCUGUUUAAAUGUCCUGUUUGGUGUUCCCACACACUCCUACGUUAUCUGGCUCAUCGUCACAGAAACAGGAAGUUCAUUUGUUUCCAGAUUUUUUAUUCUUAAUCUUUCAGUGUGUGAGAUUGGUAACUGUCUGCAUGGUUUGCUUGUUCUUCUGGCAUUUUUGUUUUCAAGCCUCACAGCAGCAAGCCAUUUUUUCCAAGGACUAGGCAUCACCGGUCGUCCUCUGUUUCAGUGUCUGAUGUGUGUGGAGCGUUACCUGGCGGUGGUUCAUCCUGUUACCUUUCUGAAGUACAAACCUCUCAGAUAUAGAGUCAUGUUCUCCACCGCUGCCUGGAUCAUUUGUCUUGUGUCCUGUUCGAGCUGCAUCUUCAUUUUGGUCUCAUUUGAAUUCGACAUUUUUACAUGGUUCUUCUCGGUUCAGUUCCUCAUCUUCCUCUCUAUUCAAUUGUUUUGCCUUAUGGCUGUUCUCCGAGCUCUGAAGCAGUCAGGACCAGGAGAGAGAGGGAGAGAGAGAGAGGAGGAAAACCACAUGAAGAGAAGAGCGUUUUAUCUCAUUCUCAUAACUACUGUGAGCAUGAUUAUUCUUUAUGUGCCCUUUGUUAUCUUAGGGUUUGUUAUUAUUUUGACAAAACAGAAUAUUAUUGGAUUUUGGUUUUCUGUUGUGGUUUGUUAUGUUGUUGCUGGUUUUAUACAGCCUGUUGUUUAUCUACACAGUGCUGGAAAACUCUUCUGCCUCCGUUCUGCAUAA